CCUCACUCCAUCUUCAAGUCCUUGAGCUUAUCUCUACUUUUGUGUCUCCCUCAUCGUCUCAAUCCUACAAAGCCUAGCAUGUCCACAAUGCUGAAAUCAGGCAUGAAAAUUGAGGAGAAAAAACUGAAGAAAACAGCACAGGCCAGCUCCAGAAAAGGGUGUAUGAGAGGUAAAGGAGGUCCCGAGAAUGCCAGUUGCACCUUCAAAGGUGUGAGACAGAGAACCUGGGGGAAAUGGGUUGCUGAAAUCCGUGAACCCAAUCGUGGUGCUAGACUCUGGCUAGGGACAUUUGAAACCUCUCAGGACGCUGCUUUGGCUUAUGAUGCUGCAGCACGUAAGCUUUACGGCCCUGAUGCCAAACUCAAUUUACCAGACCAUCCUGUGCCCCCAGCGUCUCACUUUCCACCACCACCACCACCUCCUGUUAUCAACACUCCAACUCCUGAUAUGGAGAAUCUGCAACAGCCUCUGAUGCAAAACAACCUAGACAUUCCAACUUGUUCUAAUUUCAAUUUCAAUCCUGCAGUUUCCAUGGCUUCUCACGAAGUUGGAGUCACUCCAAUUUACACCAGUGAUUGCAUCGUGUCUCUUCCCUUGGACACCAAUCCUAAGCCAAUUGCAACCUACACAAAGCCUGAGGGGAUUGAGGGAGAGUUUUCUCCAUCUUGGGAGACAAUGACCGAGACUUUACCUGUUUUUGAUGAUUCUAUCUGGGCCGAAGCUGCUAUGUCUCUAGAUCUUCCUCUAAUUGCAGCAGAGAAUGCGAUUUACACACCGGAGAACAACAAUUUGGCGGCCGAUGUGGAUAUGUGGGACCCUCAAACUCCAUGGUGCAUGUAAUACCAUCCCUUUGAGUCACAUCUCAUAAGGGCAAGGACAAGUAGCUACUAUACCUUAUAGUAGCUGCGAUCUGGUCUUUUCUAUAUAUAUACAGUGUAUAGAGGGGUAAAGAAAUAUAUGUUACCACUGGUUUGGUAGCAAGAUAUAAUAUAUAUAUAUAUAUAUAUAUACUACUACUACUACUACUACUACUAUUAUAUAUAUUGUGUAUGUGUCUUUUAAGUUACUACAUAUAUGUAUGUGAAUAUUACUUAAAGUGUUAGGGAUGGUGACCUUGCCCUUUCGUCCUCUAUAAUCCCUAUGUGGUGUCCCCUUGUGCCCUAGUACCAAAUAUGGUUUGAUCUCAAAUAAUGUGUUUCGUUAUGUCCUAUUUUGUGUCCUAUGUUUUCAAUAUCAAUAAGUUAGGUUUUAUCAAGUUGUUUUGUGCCCUAUCGUCCUGGUAUUAAUAAGUUGUUUAGGUUUUGUGCCCUAUCGACCUGGUAUUAAUAAGUUGUUUAGGUUUUGUGCCCUAUCCGGGGCGCUGGCCUUUGUUCAGCUUCUGUUUUGUUUAGGUUUUGGGCAGUUUUGUGCAGUGUAUCCAUCUGUGUGUUGAAUAAGUACUAUAUCAAUAGGUCUCGUUGGUUUUGCUCAGCGAGUGAGAUAUAUGUAAACUGUAAGCAGGAGAUCAUGUUGCUUUUCUGCAGCCUGAGAUAUAUGUAAGCAGUUUGUGUUUGUGACUUGUAUGUCAAUAAGUAUUAUAUUAAUGGAUGGUGUUCGUUCUGUGCAAAGUGAGAAAUUCCUAAGCAGCUUAUGAGUUUUAUGAGAUUAUGUGAGAGCAGCUUGUGACUUAUGUGUCAUAAAGUAUGUAUGCCCUUUCUUAUAUCUGCAUAAAUAAUAAGAUGUCUUAUGCCAGAUUAUGUUUA